UAAUGGAGAAUAUAAAAAUGGAAAAAAAGUUCGGGAUUUAUUAUAUAAGGGAUCACAUUUAAAUUUAUAUUUUUAUCUAAAAAACUAUUGGAAAAAAGUGGAGGUAGUGAAUAUAAAGAUGAUAAUGUUUUAGGAUAAAUAAAAAUUGGAAAAUCGAUUGAAUUGAAUUGAGGGAUAAUUUUGAAAAGUAUUGUAGUAUAGUUAAAUCAUUUUCGAAGGUGAAUAUUAGAUGGUAAUAAGGUAGGUAGAUGGGAUAUUUAUUUUUAAUGGAAUGGAAAAAAUAACAGGAUGUAAU